AUGUCGGUAGACGUACCGUCGGUGGACGGCCUCUCGGAAGGCGACUGUGUUCUCAUCGAGGGAGGAGGCAACGCGGAGGUGGUGUGCAUCGCAGGCUUUGGGUCGAUCCUGCUAGCGAGCCCCACGGUCAAUGCAUACCCACCUGGCUCAACCCUCAUACUGUUGGACGCGACGACGUCCGGUGCCGCUGCAUCUGGCCUGCAGACAGGGAAGUCCGUCACGACGACGUCCGGCGAGCCGCACGCCACCGCGCAGGACGACCCGCACGUGUGCAGCCUUUCGGGCGAGUGCUUCGACAUCCGGGAGCCUUCCGAGUACGUCCUGCUCCGCGUGCCCUACAGCGUGGAGGAGCCGGACAUGCUCAAGGUGAGUGCUGCCUUGGAUGCCGAUGGCGUGCGGCCGUGCGGGCUGUACGUCAAGGGCGUCACGCUGAGCGGCUCCUGGCUUGGCCAUCAGGUCGUCCGGAUCCGCCCCUACACGCGCAGCGCCGCCAACUCCAGCGCGGUGAGGGCCGCAACGAGGACGAACUUCUCGAUCAAGCUGGGCAACUCCUCCUGGAGGUCCCUCUCGCCAGAGGACUCUCCCAGGCUGCUCGCGACCAUCGGCCAG